AAUUGUUUGAUCAAGUAGACCCAUAUUACACGCCCGAUCCAAAUUGACCGACAUUCUCAAUUUCUGCGUGAGAUGGGCUGCUUCGGUUGCUUCGAUGGAGGUUUAGCCAAACAGGAGAGAUUGGAGGAAGAACGCAGGGCUUCUCAAGAAGCUCGAGCUAAAGCCGCUGAAGCCGCCGAAAAAAGGCAAGAACAAUUUGCACAAUCAGCUGCAGGUAGAGCUGCGCGAGCUCAGAUGCAAGCAGCUGCAAAACAGGCUUCACAUACUAAUAAAGGUGAACCAACUCUUAAGUGGCAGAUGGGAUAACGUCUUGUUUAUCUAAACUCAUCACUUACCCACAUGGAUGAAUGCAGUGUUUGUAAGAUCAUCAUGGUCAUCAAGAACUGGAAGAUGUCCCUGAAACAAUUAUUUGCAGAAAUGGCAAUAAAUAUUGUACAAAAGUUUGUUUCUAGCUCCUCCUGCUUUGGACUUCCAUCUAUUUAAUUGUGUACAGUGUGUAAUAAACUUGAAGGGGCAAUUGUUUUUCUUUUUGUACUCCCAUUCCCACCAAAAAGUUUGAGGAAAUGAGUAGUGAAAUGACAGCUUUUGCCUCUUAACUUAA